AUGCCUUUGUUUGAAUCUUUAGAUAUUCUCCAAAAAGUUCAAGUACAGUUACAAUUGGCUCAGGGUAAUGAUGGGCAAAAAGUAUUUAAGAAAUWUAAAACAGUUUUAAACAAAAACAACGGAUUAAAAAUACUAAACAGAUAUCAAAAAUACUUUGUAGAGAAUAUUGAUGGUCUACUUGAAUAUCUUACCACAAAUGAUCUAAGUUUCUACAAGUAUGCUCCAAUUACAUCAGUUGAUGUGGAGAGAUCUUUAUCGAUUUACAAAAAUCUCUUGACUGACAAUCGAAGAUCUUUUAAACUCGAGAACAUUAGAAAACACCUCUUAAUUAAAUGCAACACAGGUAAAAAUAAAACAACUUCUCUAAUUGUUUAAAUAUUAAUUGAUUUUACUUUUUUAGUAGGAAAUAAUUUUGAUGAAUGAUGAUACAAAUUGUAUACCAUCAGGAUGACACAGCAAUUUAUACAUAAGG